AUGGGCGCUGCUGUCAACCUGACCGGCACCGUCCAAGAAGUUGUCUCACAGCUAAUCAAUCUCGACCCUGCCUACGAAUCCUACUUCAAUGAGACCAAGGAGUUCUUUGGCCCGCUGUAUGGCCCACUAUUCUUUCCGUGGCCCUCCGCUAGCGGUCUGUCUCGCGAUAGUGAAGCUCGUAUUGAAAGCAGCGAAAUCGUUGUCGACAGCAGCCUACGCGUCAGCGUCCACAACUACGGCGCUGGCGGCACCGGCUAUUAG